CUGACACCUGCCGCCUCCUGCCUGCAGCACCCGCCGGCCGCCGCACCGGCCGCAUGGAGUCCCGCGGGCCAGGAGACACCCGAGAGUUAAACAUGGCUCCUGGGCAGAUGAUCAAAGCCAAGAUCAAGAAGACUUUGCCAGUGACUGGCCCUCAGGCUCCAACAGUCAGUGAGCUGAUGCAUUGGUACUGCAUGAACACCAAUACACAUGGCUGCCGGCGUAUUGUGGUAUCAAGGGGACGCUUGCGCAGGUUCAUCUGGAUCCUGCUCACCUUGAGCGCCGUGGGGCUGAUCCUGUGGCAGUGUGCUGAGCUCGUCAUGUCCUAUUACACAGCCUCUGUCUCAGUCACCGUGCAGUUCCAGAAGCUGCCCUUCCCUGCUGUCACCAUCUGCAAUAUCAACCCUUACAAAUACAGUGCAAUGAAAGAGCAUUUGUCUGAACUGGACAAAGAGACAAAAAAUGCUUUGGAGACUUUAUAUGGCUUUUCAGAGGGCAAAUUCAAGGUACGUCGGGAUGCAGAUGACUGGAACGCUACAGAGAGCAAAUUUCUUGAAAGAAUCCCUCUGCUAAAGUUCAAAGACCUCUCUAAGAAGACUGUUACUGAGAUUCCAAGUGGCAAUAAGCGGAAAAUUGAGACUAGUGUCUUUCACCAAGGUUCCAGCAUGGUGAAUACUGGGGAUCCACAAGAUGUCGUGGGCUUUCAGUUGUGUGACCCAAACAACAGCAGUGACUGUGCAGUUUACACAUUCAGCUCUGGGGUAAAUGCUAUUCAAGAAUGGUACAAGCUGCAUUAUAUGAACAUCGUGGCACAAAUACCCCUGGAGACAAAAGUGAAUAUGGGCUACUCCGCUGAGGAUCUUCUGCUGACAUGUUUCUUCGAUGGCAUAUCUUGUGACACAAGAAACUUCACCCCUUUCCAUCAUCCACUGCAUGGCAACUGCUACACCUUCAAUAGUGGAGAAGACGGAAAAGUCCUGACCACCUCCACAGGAGGCAGCGAGUAUGGAUUGCAGGUUGUUCUUUACAUAGAGGAAGCAGAUUACAAUCCCUUCCUGGUGACCUCGACAGGGGCCAAAAUCAUUGUCCACGACCAGCAGGAGUAUCCCUUUAUUGAAGAUAUUGGCACUGAGAUUGAGACUGCAGUGGCCACCUCCAUUGGGAUGCACUUUACUCGGUCUCACAAGCUAAGCAAACCGUACAGCGACUGCACAGAGACUGGCACUGACAUUCCGGUAGCGAACCUCUACAACAAGAGCUACUCGCUCCAGAUUUGCCUGCAUUCCUGUUUCCAGAGGGCCAUGGUGGAUACCUGUGGCUGUGCCCAGUACGCCCAGCCCUUACCUCCCGGGGCAGAAUACUGCAACUACAAGAAAUACCCCAACUGGAUGUACUGCUACUACAAGCUGCAUGAGAAGUUUGUGAAGGAGCAGUUGGGCUGUCAGCAGAUUUGCAAAGAAGCCUGCAGCUUUAAGGAAUGGACGCUGACCACCAGCUUAGCCCAGUGGCCAUCUUCAGUUUCUGAGGACUGGAUGCUUCGAGUACUCUCUUGGGACAAAGGGCAGAAAAUCAACAAAAUGCUGAACAAAACGGACCUCGCAAACCUCGUGGUGUUCUACAAAGACCUGAACGAGAGAUUCAUUUCUGAGAAUCCCGCCAACAACAUUGUCAUUCUUCUUUCCAACUUCGGGGGCCAGCUGGGCCUUUGGAUGAGCUGCUCCGUGGUUUGUGUCAUUGAGAUCAUUGAAGUUUUCUUCAUCGACUCAUUCUUCAUCGUCAUGCGGUGCCGCUGGCAAAAGGCGAAGAAAUGGUGGAAUGACCGAAAAGCAACACCCCCUCAAGAGCCCCCUCAGGGUAAUGCUCCAGCCAAAGAGGGCCACGACAACCCUGUGUGCACCGACGAGGACCUGCCCACCUUUAACACUGCCCUUCACUUACCACUGCCCCAGGAAAAUCAAAUGCCCAGGACUCCCCCACCCAACUACAGCACUUUGCAGCUAAACGCUGCAUUCACAGACCUGCUGCCCGACACUCUGGAGGGCAGGAGCCAUUGACCAUAUUUGUCUCCUCAUCCAGAGGCCAAAGCAGGCAAUGAACAUGUCAUCCAGGUGUCCAGGAGCGAGAGGUGUGUGUCUGGGGGUGCGCACUAGGGGACUAUUGGGUUCAGCCUCAAAUUCAGGGAUUUGGAGCUUUGUGGUGAAAGUGUCUCUGGGAGGAGCGUGGGCAAGAGGACUCAGCCCCCCGGCAUAGAGCAGGGGUUGGUAACGCCAGGUCCAAGUCCCUGGUGUUUUCCAAUGAAGGGUUGCUGGCGCUGGUUUGUGUAGGAUGUGGAACUGAGCCGUGAUGGGUCUUACCAAACAGUGAAAAGCCACACACCCCUCCCCAUUUCAUCUGGGUAGGAAUCACGCCUCGGGAGAAGCAGGCAUAUCAGCAUGAUGCCACACCUGCUCCAGGCCUGACAUGUGGGACCAACUCAGGUCUUUGGGGCGGCUUGUGUUACUUGGCUAGGAGCAGGCAGAGAGGGGGCUCUGGGAUAAGAGUUAAAACCUGCAGGUAUUGGAUGGUGGCGAGAGGAAAGGAAAAUACCACUGUAGGGUCAGAUUCUAACUGGUUCAGCUAAACACUGAGCAGGUAGGAUUCUGCCAGCCGCAUCCCAAGAGAGAAAUUCCUUAGCCGGGAGGAGAACCUUGAAAGCCAAUCGAACUCCUCCUGGAGUAAGGCACGACUCAGCCAGAGUAAGGGAGUCAU